CCAAAAGAAUGGGGGGGAGAGAGAGGGGGGGAGACGGGCACGGUUUCGCAGGGCCCGAAGCUUCGGUCUUUCCGUCCUCUGGUACUAGUUCUCUCUAUUUCGUGCAGCCGAAGAGAAGUACGUCUGCAUCAAAAAAAGAGAAGUACGUUUUUUUCUUGGGUCUUUAGUUAGAGAGAGAGACCGGGAGGCAGAAGAGCUAGAGAUCAGAUGGGGCGCUUCGAUUGUUGAAGAGAGACAGUGGAGUGGGAAGAAGAGGAGGAGGAGGUCAGAGAAUAAGAGAAAGAGAGAAAGAUAGAGAGACUGGACGAUGUGAUCGGUGAUUGGAUGUGGAUGUGGGCGUAGAGGAUAUGGACAAAGAGAAAGGUCGAGACUUGAAGCGCAGCGGCAGCUCGGGGGGUCGGUCAUCGCCCGCGAAGCGACCGCAGAGAGCGUUAUCUGGAAGGAUCAGCAGCAGCACCAAGCCCAUCCCGGCCCCAUCCUCCUCCCCCUCUAAAAAUGUUGCAGUUUUGAAUGGUAGCAGUUAUGAUAGAGGAGGAGGAGGGGAAGAGAGUGCGAUGGAGAGAUGGAAGAAAGAGAGAGCGAAGGCGUUCGUGUGGGGCCCACGCACCAGCAGAGAGGACGGCAGGACAGGCGAUGGAGGAGGCAGCUGUGGGUCCGAUGGAGGAGGCUCACACCUUUCACGCACGUCCCUUUCGACGAACGGUCGACUCCAGUCAAAGGAAUCUGAGGAUUGCAAUGCUGUGGGCCAUGCCAUGGUGCCUAGGAAAUUACGGUCUGCUAUGAACAAACGCAGCAGUCUAUCAGCAUCUCCACUGUUGCAGGAUUUGAAGAACAAAUGUCAUGCCUCCAAUGGUAACCACAUGCCCUGUGUCAAUGGCCCGAGGAGAGUUAAGAGAAACGUGCUAAAGGAACAAAUCACCAAAGAUGAGGAAGAAGCUGCUGAGACAUUGUCUGCAUUGGCUAGUAUGAUCCCUGAUGGCAGGCCAAUUAACAUCAGUCAGGAAGGUAGAACGUUGGAGGAAAAUUCAGAGACAACAGCAACUGUCUUUUCUCAUUCAGAAGCUUCAAAAGAAGAGAGUACUAAAAUUUUGCUUCCAAGCGCCAGCGCUGCAGUGAAAAAUCCCUCUUCUCACAUGGAGAAGUCCAUUGUAGAAACUGCAAAACCUGAGCCUUCUGUUUUGGAGCAGCCUGCUAUUACCUCUGCAAACCAACGAUUGUAUCCAGGAUCAAAUGGAACAGCUCAUUCUGAUUUCCAAAGAACAUCUCCAUCCAAGAAUGAACAGGCAAAUGAUGCAAUUUCAAGGGAUUCUUUGAAUUCAUCAAAUCUCCUGGAAGCUCCUCUCUAUUCUUACUCUGGAAACAAAUCAGCACAUUUGGAUCCCCUUUCGGCGCACAAAUCAGAGAUUCAUCUUGGGCCAUUUGGAUCCGCCUCCUCAGAGACCCAGGUGCAGCCUUUGAAUCAGAAAACUGACAACCCAACACAUUAUAUGAAUGGGAAAGACACAAGUCAUGCUCUGUGGCCUGAUUUGCCAAGCAGUGAUAACGGACAUUUGACAAUGUUGCCUUCAACUAAAGCUGCAGCCUGGCAAGACUCUGUUGCAGGCGGGUGUAGAACUAGUUCAAAUGGACUGAGCUCAAGUGGAAGUGGUCUUCUAACUGAAAAGGUGGAUGAUGAUCCCCUUGGCAUUGGCAAGGGGUCAGCGGAUAGGAGGUCAUCAUGGAAAAGGUGCACUACUCAUGCGUACAUAAGCCAUAUCAUUCAGAGCUAUCAGAACACUGAAAAAAAACAUUGGUUUCUGCCCCUGACUAACCAAUCAAAAGCCAAAGAUGGAGUGCAUUCUGGUGUGCAAGCAUCCAAUGAGGCAACUGGUUUAAGUAGUCUGAACAGCAUGACUUCAGCUGGAACUAGCGGUUCCAUAAUGGAGACUACAAGUGAAGCUACGAUUCAAACGUUAUCUGGCUUCUAUAUACAACAGCAACAGGGCACAUAUCAUUCCCUUAUGCCGUUCCCCUUCUCUCAUGGUCCUGGUAGUUCACCAAGUCUGGACCAGCUCGCAGCUGCAACGGCUCAACAGCUGCAGCUACCAUACCACAUAGGUAACUCGCUCUAUGGACCCUAUGGACCACAAAUGCUUCUUUCGCGAGGCACAGCUCAACAUCAACAGCAGCAGCAGAUAUGGCAGGCUCAUAUGGACCAACACAGACCGCUUCUUGGUAUUCCAACAUGGCAAACCAUGAGGUUGCAAGAUCCCUCCCUGCUUCCAUGUGCUCAGCCUCCAUCCAUAUUUCCUCAACUUUCCAGAGAGAUGCAGGUUAGGCCUUAUAAAUCUCCUAGUUCACAGCAGCUACAGCAGCUCUUGCCCAUUCCCUCAUCAUCCUCCUCUCUGAGAGCAAAGAAGCCACAUGGUGGUGGGUUUGCCACUGAAGGUGCACCUCAAUUGCAGCUGCUUUGUAAUGCCCAGCGCAUGUGAAGAGAAAAUGGAUGGCCCAGAUUAGUUUCUUAUUUUAUUCAUUCAAAUAUUGACUGGAGCUUAUUGUGUUUCCCCUUCAUGACCAACCAUGCAAAGUUCUUGGCAGCGUUUGCUUCACCUAACAUGGCAGUUCUAAACUUCGGUAAAAGGCUUGAUGAAAGAAACCCGGGGAAUCACAAGUUCCAAAGGAAGGUGUACGGAAGAUAUUGAUGCAAAAGAUGGCAACCAUAUUACGUCGACCAUGCCCUGCGUAGCAAAGCGGCACUCAGCAGUGGUGGACCAGUACUCCUAUUACUUGAUACUUUUAGGAAAAAUGGGGUUUAUUAUAGAACUAACAAAUUACAGGCCCUCCAGCCGCAAAGAAUAGAGGAGGAAUGACAUGAAAGGGUAUACUGGAAUGAAAAGUGUGGCAGUCCUUUCUAGCUUGUUAUGGUCCUUUAUAUAUGAGUUUUCAUACAUCGACAAACUGAAGACUCCUCUGUAAAAUUUAUGCUGAUGAUUAGGACUUGAAAAGGUUUUGUCCAUAGGAUGAAGUGAAUUGUCUGAAAGA